AUGUCACAGUCACGAAAGGCAAGGUGCACAUGCGAACAGCCGGCUGAAGAAGCAGACGUAUGCUUUCUCGUACAGAUACAAUGCGCAGAAGAAGGCCGCCCGCUUGGUACAGCUGGGGGCGUGUCUCGGGAAGCUGAGGAGCCGGGACAGCGCUGGUAUCGUGGAAAGCACUGGGCUCGUCGUGUUCGCAGCUACUACGGGCCGAAGGCAGCCGCGGCAGAGACCUCCGCAGCGCCGAGCACCACUGCGACUACUACAACUGCGGUGCAACCUUUCUGGAUCAUGGCCAGUGCCGGCCAGACUUGCAAUUCGGCUUGCAGUGCCUUCGACACGGCAGAUGACAGUUUCGAGUGCGGAAAGGAUGAGAUGGGUGCCAUCAACUCCUCACAGGCAAUCUCCGAUCUGCUCGUGAGCCUCAACGGUACGUGCGACUUUGCAGAUAACCCCCCCCUCUACAGGAGCAAUGCAGGAUCUCCGUUCAUCCUUGUGAACGGUGACUGCUACUACUGGGACGAAAACAAGCCGCCUGCGUCUAUUGACUGCGACACGUCUCCGUCCAAUAGCGCCCGCAAGCCUUUGUGCUACUGCAAGCCUGUUGAGCCAGCGGAUCCAGAUGGGGGGUGGUUCACAGGUGCCACAAAAAACAUAGCAUGCGACACGGUUUGCAAUGACAACGGCUAUGCAGAGUGUGGAGAGGAAGAGAUGGCCGCAAUCAACAAUACACAGGCAAUCGUGGCUUUGGCAUGGGAGCUCGGCAUCGUCUGCACCGUCAACUCCGGCGACCCCUCCCGAAGCAAUGCGGGGACUCCGUUCUUAUCUGGGAACACAUGUUACUACUGGGAUCCGAACGCAGCGGCUUCACAGGUGGACUGCAGCUCCGUGAACAGCGCCAACCGCAGGCCGUUUUGCUUUUGCAAGACCUUGCUAUCAGGAUACAACUAA